AUGGAGGGUGCAACCCGCCAGACCUCGAGACUGUUACGGUCUCGUGGUACCAACGUCCUUCAGCAGCGCCGCCUUCCCCGGUCUUCCACCGCGACCAGCGUGACCUCCCCCACAACGACGAGCCAAUCCAUUUUUAGCAAUUUCGCUGCCGCCGGCUCCUCGCAGCAACCAGGACUCGGUCCCACGACGUAUUUCACCAAUCGACAGACCCUCCCCGCAAACACGGUCGUGCGCUUCGUCCCGCAGCAGACGGCAUGGAUCGUUGAGCGCAUGGGAAAGUUCCACCGCAUCCUGGAGCCGGGUCUAGCGAUCCUGGUUCCAUUUCUGGAUCGGAUCGCCUACGUGAAGAGUUUGAAGGAGUCGGCUAUCGAGAUCCCGAGCCAGAAUGCCAUUACCGCCGAUAACGUUACCCUGGAGCUGGACGGUGUUCUGUAUACCCGUGUCUUUGACGCAUACAAGGCUAGCUAUGGAGUCGAGGACGCAGAAUAUGCGAUCUCGCAGCUUGCGCAGACGACGAUGAGAUCUGAAAUCGGUCAAUUGACCCUGGACCACGUCCUCAAGGAGCGUGCCACACUCAACACUAAUAUCACACAAGCCAUCAACGAGGCCGCCCAGGACUGGGGUGUUGUCUGCCUACGAUACGAGAUUAGGGAUAUCCAUGCGCCAGAGGGUGUCGUGGCCGCGAUGCACCGCCAGGUCACCGCGGAGCGUUCCAAACGUGCCGAGAUUCUCGACUCCGAAGGUCAGCGCCAGAGCGCGAUUAAUAUCGCUGAAGGUCGCAAGCAGUCGGUAAUUUUGGCUUCCGAGGCUUUGCGUGCCGAACAGAUUAACUUGGCUGCGGGUGAGGCGGAGGCCAUCAAGCUGAAGGCCGAGGCUACCGCCCGUGGCAUCAAUGCUGUUUCCCAAGCUAUCCAGGACGGAAAGGAGCAUGCUCACGGCGCAAUUAGCUUGAGCGUGGCAGAGAAGUAUGUUGAGGCUUUCUCCAACCUGGCUCGUGAAGGUACUGCCGUCGUGGUCCCGGGCAAUGUGGGCGAUAUGGGUGGCAUGAUCGCCUCGGCCAUGUCGGUCUACGGCAAGAUUAGUGAGAGCCAGGCCAAGAAUCUUGCUACUAAGGUUGUUGGCAAAAAUGUGCAGUCUGCCGAGACCGCCCAGGCUGCUCAGUCCGAGGAGUAUGAUGUUGAGAGUGAGAUCCAGUCGGCUGAGGAGUCGGCGGCCCACGAUGGGGUUGCACAGAACGUGCUGGACGGAUUCGACGAAGUCAGCAAGAAGAAAUAA